AUGGAGAGAGGCACCCUCAACCCUCAGCCUCUGAAGUCUGACGCCCUGGAAGCCUUUCCCCAGAAGAGCCUGGAGCCAGAGGACAUUGCUGUGCUGGUUUUGUACUUCCUCUUUGUCCUGGCUGUUGGAUUAUGGUCCAUGGUGAGAACCAAGAGAGACACAGUGAAAGGCUACUUCCUGGCUGGAGGGGACAUGGUGUGGUGGCCGGUAAGUGCUCUCUGGUUCAAUUCGAACAUUGGCUAUGGGCACUUCUCAGGCUAGGCUGCUCAAGGUGCCAGGGAUGGCACCUGGCUGGGGACAGCUCUGACUGUAUUUUCUGGGCAGGGCUUGUUUUCUGUGCUGAUGCUGGCCUGGAUCUUCCUUCCCAUCUACAUUGCUGGCCGGGUAACGACAAUGCCAGAAUACCUAAGGAGACGCUUCGGGGGCAACAGGAUCUCCAUCACUCUGGCUGUGCUCUACUUGUUCAUCUACAUUUUCACCAAGAUCUCGGUAGACAUGUAUGCAGGUGCCAUCUUCAUCCAGCAGUCAUUACAUCUGGACCUGUACCUGGCCAUAGCAGGGCUGUUGGCCAUCACAGCUCUAUACACUGUUGCAGGUGGACUGGCUGCUGUGAUCUACACAGAUGCUCUACAGACUGGAAUCAUGCUCAUUGGAGCGUUCACCCUGAUGGGCUAUAGUUUUGCAGCUGUAGGGGGGAUGGAAGGUCUGAAGGAGCAGUACUUCUUAGCCCUGGCUAGCAACCGGAGUGAAAACAACAGCUGUGGGCUGCCCAGAGAAGAUGCCUUCCAUCUCUUCCGAGAUCCAGUGACGUCUGAUCUCCCCUGGCCUGGGAUCCUGUUUGGAAUGUCCGUCCCAUCUCUCUGGUACUGGUGCACAGAUCAGGUCAUUGUUCAGCGGAGUCUGGCUGCCAAGAACCUGUCCCAUGCAAAAGGAGGCUCCUUGAUGGCCGCGUACCUGAAGGUGCUUCCUCUCUUCAUCAUGGUAUUCCCUGGUAUGGUCAGCCGUGUUCUCUUUCCAGAUCAAGUAGCCUGUGCACAUCCUGACAUCUGCCAGAAGGUCUGUAGCAACCCGUCUGGCUGCUCUGACAUCGCAUAUCCCAAACUUGUGCUGGAACUCCUACCCACAGGACUCCGUGGGCUCAUGAUGGCUGUGAUGGUGGCGGCUCUCAUGUCCUCCCUCACCUCCAUCUUUAACAGUUCCAGCACCAUCUUCACCAUGGACCUCUGGAAUCACAUCCGGCCAAGAGCAUCUGAGAGGGAGCUCAUGAUCGUGGGCAGGGUGUUUGUGCUUGUGCUGGUGUUGGUUUCCAUCCUCUGGAUCCCCGUGGUUCAGGCCAGCCAGGGAGGCCAACUCUUCAUCUACAUCCAGUCCAUCAGCUCCUACCUGCAGCCUCCUGUGGCUGUGGUAUUCAUCAUGGGCUGUUUCUGGAAGCGGACCAAUGAAAAGGGUGCCUUCUCAGGCCUGAUCUUGGGCCUGCUGCUAGGUUUGGUCAGGCUGGUCCUCGACUUUAUCUAUGUACAACCUCGGUGUGACCAGCCUGAUGAGCGUCCAGCUGUGGUGAAGGACGUCCACUACCUCUACUUCUCCAUGAUUCUGUCAUCUGCUACCCUCAUCACCGUGUUCAGUGUGAGCUGGUUCACAGAGACACCCUCCAACGAGAUGGUCAGCCGCCUGACUUGGUUUACCCGUCACGAGCCCAUAGUCCAGAAGGACCCAGUACCACCAGCAACCCCCCUGCCUCCUACUCUCUCUCAGAAUGGGGCCGCAGAAGCCACCAGCACCAGCAUUCAAUUGGAGAUUGUUCAAGAAAACAUGUCCAAAGCCCACAGCUGUGAUACUUUCUCAAAGCGGUCCAAGGUCUUGAAGGCCAUCUCAUGGCUCUGUGGAAUGGAGAAGGGCGAAGGGGAACACCUGAGCAAAGUGGAACCUGUCAUGGCGUCCCUGAAGGAAAAUCCCAUGGUGAAAACCCUGCUGGAUGUCAACUGCAUCAUCUGCAUCAGCUGCGCCAUCUUCCUCUGGGGCUACUUUGCUUAACACGGGGUGAGCC